UUCUGGUUUGCAAACUGAUAUUUUGGGAGGAUUAAUUACAUAUCCGGCCCAAGGGUGUGGUGAGGUUGAUUUUGUAUAAAAGCUACAUUUCAAAUAGUGAGUUUCAGUGGAAAUCCUCCAGUCGUAAAACAAACAUCAUGAACUCAAUCGCUGCCGUAGUUUUCUUUGCCGUCGUUGCUGCCGCUAGCGCAGGCAUCGUAGCUCCCAGUGGUUUGAUUGCAAGCACUUAUGCCGCUCCAGCCCUCACAGCUUACUCUACACCCCUCGCUUAUAACACCCCCUUGGCCUACUCUGCUCUUGCCGCUCCAGCCUACACCGCCUACUCUGCCCCAAUUGCCUACUCUGGUGCCCUUGGACAUGCCGCUGAAAGCACCGUAGUUGCUGGACCAUCUGGAACCAUCACCAAGACCAACAGCAUUGCUACCCCAGCAAUUGCUGCCAGAUACGCUCUCCCAAGUGCUUACACUUAUGGAGGACUCUACUUGUAAAUGAUUUGUGAAUAGUAUUUUUAAUUAAAAUCUCAAAAAAUA